GGCAACUCUCCACGAGAUGAAUGUAAUUUACACUCACCUCGUGGAGAGUCGUUUUCGUUUUCACAGCUGUGUCACAACUUUGGUAUGCGUAUGCGACCCAUACUCUAUUCGGCAAACUUCUAGACAAAACCACAAGGCUAAAGUCCAUACAUUGUUUCUUGAUUGCACGCUUCUGAGCUGAGGAAACAGCAAGUGAGUGUAACUCUUUGCAAGUGAGUGUUCCCAUCCCUGCUGGAUCUACCAUACAACUUUGUCGUGGACACCAUCUCUCUAAAUCAUCAGAAUCCUAUGUAAAAUUAAAAAUGUGCAUGCCGUCUAGCGCUUUCAAGUGGUAGAUUUUUAUGUUACAUGACCCAUCAUCUGUAAGUUCUGUAAGUAAAAUCUGAGAUUACCAUCACUUACCAUCUUAGUAGGAACAGAGCAAUGUCGGAUAUUUCCUCGACCGUCCCGUUCGCCCUUAAGGCCUAUAUCAUCGAUUCAGCAAGUCUGCGGGAAUUCAGCAAGGCCAUGCUGAUGGUGACGGAUUCGAUUCCUCCAGUCCAGCAAAUUAUCGUAAUGAAAGAUUCCUUGACUUCCUUCCGACCCUGUGAUCCCCAUUGGCUACGCCCAUGUAACGUCCUAUCAUCCAAAUGACACAAGAACCAUCAACUGUGCAAUAAAUACAAAUUAAAUUAAUGUCAUCUGACCGCACGUGAGUAAAACUGCAAUUAGUAGGAGCCUGCCGCCACACAAACACACCCACGUUUCAAAUCGAAGCAACUCCGAAUCAACCAACAGCAAAUUAAAAGCAUUUGUUCAAUCAAGCCAAUUUGAUGAGGCGGCAAACGAGUUUGGGCUCAGCGCUCAGGCAGGGCAAGCUGCCUACUUCGAUCGAAAAGUAGCUUAAAUCGGCAGAAAAAAUACACACACCCAUCAGGUGUACGGAGGAGACACAGCGAGAGAACGAAACCCACUGAACCAAACCACCCAUUCGGGGUGUAAUCGUGUUACAGUAAACUUCACAACUUUUACUGCCCGCGAAAGGCAGACGACGAAGAGUGCCAAUCUAGUGGGCCUGGAGGUGGCGGGCGGGAGGAAAAGUUCAACCAUCAACACCCCCAAAACGCAGAAGGCGCAGGCAGCAAGGAGUCGGCCGGUUGAUUGAUUUGCACCAAAGUUGGCUGCUGGCUGCUGGGUUGCUGAGAUCAACGAAACAGGCUGACUACUACGACGACGACGUCGAGAACAGACCACCAACCGACCGGAGAAGAGAGAAGUGCAAAGCACCUGUACAUACCUACUAUGAUGGGUGGAAAAAUGCACCAGAAACGACAAACUUCCGCUCGAUUAAUCAUUGCUGCGGUGGUGCUGGUGUUGCAGUUGCUGACGCUGUUGUUGCCAGUGACGGAAUGCGUCCAGGCGUACGGAGGAGAUUCGCAGUUGAAUGCGAUUUAUUUCAACGUGUUGAUGAGCGAAGGACUGGACGUGAAUGCCCAGCUGAAGGUGUUACAAAAGGCUCUGGAUCGAGUGCGGUAUUACAUGGAGCAACGGGGAGCGGGACCUGAUGAGAGGAUUGAGCACCAGCUGGCACAGGUGCUAACGUUGAUUCAUCACAACUUGGUUGGUCUACCACUCAGUAACAAGACAAGGACUCAGAUGUACGAACAAAUGCUGCGGGUUGUUCACUCAAUCAUCGCAAUGGAGAGGUAAAGUGUGUGAUGUGAUUGGAAUGUGUGCUAACAAUUUUUUGAUAACAAUGAAUGAUAUUCAAUAUAUGCUUGCUUACAGUUAUCUAAAUAUUGAAGACACCUCAUAGAUAUAAAGAUAUCGAGAUAGGGUGGCGUGCCUUAAAUUUGCGUUGUUUUUAAGUAAAUUGAUCUUGUCUUACAAUUAUACUCAAAAAUUAUACUUUUUGCACAGAUCAUUAUUA